AUGGGCAGCUGCUUCAGUGUACCCGCAAGCGAUGGAGUUCAACAACCCGGUGCAACCGACAGUACAGGACGUGUAGGAGCUCGUCGGAAUGAGAACGAAGUCAGUCUAUUGACUGGACAGACCAGUUCAACACCCAGUCGCGCUCAGUACCCGAGCAGACAACCUCGUGAGCGCACUCGGACUUCCCUUGAGAGACAGAAUGCAGAAGCGCGCGAUCAAUUGAUUGCCGGACGUGGCGAAGCGCCCAAGUAUCGCAAACAUGGAAGCUGGACUGCAACGCCAGCUGUCUCGAAGCGGGACCUCGAACGGACUCGCGCUGCGUUUUGGGAGACGGCAGAUACGUUUGGCGGACGGCAAGAGAUUUGGGCAAUUCUCAAGGCUGCUGUGGAUGCAGACGAUGAAAAGACUGCGCGUGCUAUGCUAGAUACCGCACAAAUACGGCUGUUGGGCAAUGGAGAUUUGAUUCAUGGGUGUUACGAUUCGACCGGCUACUACUACAAGGUUCCCGAAGCGUGUCUGAGCGAUCCAGUCAAUGUUCUGCUGGAGGAUGCAUCGACUGAGUUUGAGAGUAAGCCAGGUGCAGUCAUUGAGGAUUUGCCUGCGGAUACAGAACUCCUCGAUAUGCGCGUACGGAUGUCGCACAAUUCGCAAGACAUCAUCAUCCAGGUGGCGCUCGUUGAGAAGAUUAGCUCGGUGGCGACCAAGAUUCAGGCAGCAGCAGGGAUCAAGCGGCUGAAGCUCAUGAUGUUGGGUCGUUUGCUCAAGGACGAUGGCAAGCAGACUGUAUCGGAUGCAGGCUGGUCACCGGGGCUCGUUAUCCAGGCGCUUACUCUUUCGGCGUUGACGCCGUCAAAAAUCAUGGACGAAUCCGCUGCCAAGGGCGAAAUGAUCCGCCGUGCUGAGUGGAUAUUUGAUGGGAUCGGAGACUAUUUUGAGGAUGAGCCCAUCGUAGAUCCAGUUCAGACAAGCCCUUUGAGAACAGUGCAUACUUCCAAAAAGAGAAGAACUUCUCACAGCAAAACCACACAAGCUCCAGCAAAUCCCGAUGCUGAAAUACCCGAGGCUCUCGAAACGUCUGCAACUUCGUUACCGCAAGUCAAUGCGGCUGCUACAAGCAUUUUUGGUGGCGUCAAGGCCCUCUUUAUCCCGAGUGACGGCAAGAGUUACUGGCGGCAGGCUCGCAUGAAGAAGUUUUGCCAACAUGGCGGUGUGAUUGCUGAUACAUUCACGCGAGAUGUCACUCACAUCCUCUGCGAUGACGCAUUGACUGCUACGGACAUUCUGGACUCUCUUGGCCUGACAGCUCUGCCAUCUUCUGUUUCCGUCGUUCGACACAGCUGGGUGUCUGACUGUCUUAGCAAUACAUUCCAGACGGGUUGUGCAAAGUUCGCUAUUGAUGGGCUGCCACUGCCAGGCCAAGUUAAGGAGACUGAUCUACAAGAGCCAGACUCGACACAAUCUUCGCUGAGUCUUCAAGUCAAAGAUGUCAAGGGCAAAGCUGCAGAAAGACGAGGAACAUCCGUCUCAAUGUCUCCCUCGGUAGCCUUUCGACGUCAAGCUGAGGAUGAGGAUCAGCUCGCUUCCCUGAUCGACUUGGUCGCCACUGAACAGGUCACGGGUCUUGAUCAACAGCUACUGGAAGCUUCUCACGAUCAAGGGUGGCAACGGCAAUUCAAGUGCAUGCAGGCCUUCCCGCGAGCAGGACAGACUGCCCAGCCAAAUGCUGAGCUCAUCGAUCAGCUAAUGGAGCUGUCAGCUUUGUGCGAAGCUAUGGGCCCAAAGUCUGAUAUAUGGCGUUCGGUUCAGUAUCGACAGGCGGCGGCAGCCAUGCGUCAAUUUGACAAGCCUAUCACGCGCAGCUCUGAUGUUCAACACGUCCGUGGUAUCGGACCUAGUAUUGCUCGUCGAAUCGAGGAGUUCUUGCAAACUGGCACAGUCAGCAAGCUGGACCACUGGCGUUCAAAGAUGGCUCCGAUACUGUAUUUCAUGGAUAUUUAUGGCGUUGGCAGGCACCAGGCGACACUAUGGUACAACCAAGGGCUGAGAACCCUCGAGGACGUUCUCGAAAAGGGAAACCCAUCAAGGAACCAAAGAAUUGGGACAAGGAUUCCCCGCGGCGAAGCACAGCAGCACAAGGAUAUUGUCCGCGGAGCAGCAGCCAAGAUCGACCCGGGACUGCAGCUGUACUUGAUGGGUUCCUAUCGUCGCGGUGCACAAGACUGUGGUGAUGUCGACUUUCUUGUCACUCGCCCAGGUGCUACAGCUGAUGACUUGUGGCCGAGGUUCAAGGAGUUGAUCGGUUGUUUGGAAGAGCAGGGAUAUCUGACGCAUGCGUUGAUAGUUUCAACGGAUGCUGAUAAUGGCAAAAAGUGGCAAGGCAUUAGUAAGUUGCCUGCGCCAGGUUCUCUUCAUCGACGCAUCGACUUUCUCAUGGUUCCCUGGCAAGAGCGGGGUGCUUCCCUGCUCUACUUUACCGGCAAUGACCUGUUCAACAGGUCCAUACGCUUGCUUGCACGGAAGAAAGGCUUGAGCCUGAGUGAAAAGGGCCUGUACAAGGACGUUGUGCGCGACAGGACUGGGCAGAAGUUGACUGCUGGGACACGCCUGCCGUGCGAUACGGAGGAAGACAUCUUUACCUAUCUGCAGGUUCCGUACCGCCGGCCGGAAGAACGCAAUGUUGGGUAG